AUGUUCUUCAAAGCUACUUCUGUCGCUGUCUACCUUGCGCUUAGCCUCGCGUGGGCCACACCCACCACACAAGUAUCCUCCUCCUCCUCUUCCUCCACGACCCCCGUCUUCUUCCCCAACUCCGAGCACGUACCAAGCACAGGCCUCCCGUACCGCCUACAGCUCCUCGCGCUCCUGCGCGACUUCACGCGCUUCCUCGAACAGCGGAACUUCGCGGCGGUCGACGCGCAGGGGGGCUCCGCCGCCGGGCGCCAUGGCGCGGCCGGUGGGCUCGUGAACGGCCUCGCCGCGCUCGUGGCGGAAGACCCGGGCCUCGUCGAGCCCGCGCUCCCCGACGCGCUCAUCGAGGGCGCGCAGCUCGGCUUGCUAAAAGUCACAGCGGAGGAGCGCGAGGCGCUCAUGAGGAUCCGCGCGGCAUGCGCGGGGCCGCCAGGGCGAGGGUCGACCCUCGGUUCGCCCACCAGGGGCUCGCUGCAGGGUGGGUUCGUGGCGCCCGCACCGGAAGAGAUCGCGCGCACGGAGUCACCGGAGGCGAUGGAUGGUUUGGCAGAGGACGGGCGGAUGCGGACGACGGAAACCCUGAAGAGUGCGCACUUUCAGGAAAUGGGCCCAGAUGUUGGCCGGGCAAAGGAUCGGGAUGUUUCGAAGAACGUUUGGUGA